CUGUUACAACAGGUGAAGGAUGGCAAAAUGUAUUACAACAUUCAAUUGAUGCUACUGGUAUUAAUCGUGGUCCACGACCUAGUCAUCGUCUUGAAGUUGCAGUAUUUUAUGUUGUUUAUUUUAUUGUAUUUCCAUUUUUUUUCGUGAAUAUAUUCGUUGCUUUAAUUAUUAUAACAUUUCAAGAUCAAGGUCAAAAAGAAUUAGAAGAAGCUGAAAUAGAAAAAAAUCAAAAAUCAUGUAUUGAUUUUGCAUUAAAUGCUAAACCUAUACAAAGAUGUAGACCUAAACAAGAAGGUUCAUUACGUUAUCGAAUAUGGUUAUUGUGUAUAUCAUCAUAUUUUGAAUUUUGUAUUAUGGUUAUGAUUGCACUUAAUACAUGUGUACUCAUGGCAAAAUAUUAUAGAAGUCCACCAACAUAUAAUGAUAUAUUAACAUAUGCUAAUACGACUUUUACUGCUUUAUUUACUGUUGAAAGUAUUCUAAAAAUAAUGGCAUUUGGUUUAAGAAAUUAUUUUCAUGAUAAAUGGAAUGCAUUUGAUUUUA